AUGCGGGAGAUCGGCGACGCGGCUUAUCGCCACCGACAGGAAGUGGAGUCUGGGGACCGCAUCAUCGUCGGAGUCAAUCGCUACGCUAACGAUGAGCCACCGGUAGAAGAUCUGAUGCGCGUUGACGAAGAGGCCGCCCGACAGCAGGUGGCGCGCCUCGAACGCCUGCGCCGUGAGCGCGACGGUGGCGUGUCUCAGGCCGCGCUCGCUCGAUUGGCCGACAUCGCCCGCGGUGCCGACAACACGGUGCCCGCGAUACUGGAAUGCGUGAAUGCCUACUGCACCCUGGGAGAGAUGUCCGCCGUCCUGCGCGAAGCCUUCGGCGAACAGGAGGAGAUGGCGGCGUUUUAG